AGGGCGAAACUCGUGCUGAUUACAGGACGGUGGCUCUGGAUUAGAGGGGAUGCGCGGCAGGAGGCAGGAUGCGGAUGGUGGAUGGAUCUGAGAACAUACGCCGGGCAGCUGGGAGGAGCCCUCCCUCAAAAAGCGAGCGGCACUGAGUAACGUAGCAGUCCAGCCUGAGCAGAGCAGCGAUCGAACAGCACGCAGAAUCAGACACUCAAGGAACUGCAAGUACAGGAAGAGGCACCAGGAGGCCCGAGGAAGGCAGCUAAAAGGCCUAAACCCAGAGGAGUGGUGUCUGUGGAUGGACAGUGCAGGCACCAAUGGCUUCGCAGGAGCUUGUAAAUGCGAGGGACUCUUCCACUGACAAUCUGAACCCAAAAAUGGAGGGCGGUGCUGUCCCCAGCAGCAGUAAAAUCUGUCCUGUCCACACCCCAGGCGGAGAGGACGCAAAGAGGGGCUUUCGAAAAGGCAUAGGGAGGCAUAAUGACUACGUGAAGAUCUCUGUGCCAGACUCCAUAGUCAACCGUCUGCCCAUGGAGUGGUGGAAGACAGUGAUUGCCUUCUUCUAUGCUGGCUUUAACUUGGUCCUGACCACUGUCGUCAUCACAAUAGUCCAUGAGAGGGUCCCACCCAAAGAGAGCAGCCCGCCUCUUCCUGAUAAGUUCUUUGACUAUAUCGACAGGGUCAACUGGGCCUUUACUGUGACUGAGAUCAACGGUAUGGUGCUGCUGGCCAUCUGGCUGAUCCAGUUGUUCUUCUUCAGAUACAAGUCAAUAGCAUGCAGGCGGUUCUUCUUCCUCAUUGGCACGCUGUACUUGUACCGCUGUGUCACUAUGUACAUCACCACCCUGCCUGUACCUGGUGUGCACAUGACUUGUGCUCCUAAGCUCCAUGGAGACUCCCAGGCAAAGAUCCAGCGAAUCCUGCGUCUGGUCUCAGGAGGAGGUCUGUCCAUUACGAGCUCCCAUCUCUUGUGUGGAGACUUCCUGUACAGUGGACACACGGUGAUGCUUACUCUCACCUACCUGUUCAUCAAGGAGUACUCGCCGCGAUCAUUUUGGUGGUAUCAUCUCAUGUGCUGGCUGCUGAGCGCCGUGGGUGUGGUGUGCAUCCUGGUGGCACAUGAGCACUACAGUGUGGACGUGGUCGUGGCCUAUUUCAUCACCUCCCGCCUGUUCUGGUGGUACCACACUAUGGCCAACUUGCAGACUCUGAAGUGCUCGCCCAACAACUACCUCACCAACACCUGGUGGAACCCGCUGUUCAACUUUCUGGAGAGGAACGUCCAAACUUCUGUGCCGUGCUCGUACAGCUGGCCCAUCACCUGGCCUCCUGCCUGCCUUAAGAACCCCUGUAAGAAGUACUCCAUGGUACAGAGCACACGAGAGGAGUGAUCUGGCCCUGAUACCCCUGCAGUGUUGCCUGAUAAUCCACAGACGUGGUAUUCCUUCAUUUAGUCUUACCAAAUGGACAGCAGCAUAAUGGUACCAAAAAUGAAUUGCUAUGAGAGAAAUUUUUCUGCAAAACGUGUCAAGAAAGGUCAACGUGAAAUCUCUGUGUGUUCUUCAUAUAUGUCAUUUAUUUAUAAGAUAAGAGUCCUGCAAAGUCAUCUUUGUUUUUUGUACCAAGUAUUUAAGUCAGCUAGUGAUGGACAGUUUGUUGCAAAUGUAUUGUAGGUUCAUUGAAGUAUAUUUGCAACACUUGUUUUUAGAUCUGCUGCCAUAACUCAUUGGUAUGUGUUGACAGGUUUUACCUCAUUAUGAUUUCAAUAUGCUCAAAUCACAAGGUGCCUUAGGGAGUAUUCAGUGUCAGUAUAUGUUACAAAACUGCCAUCACCAGCUUAGCGUUUAUUUUUUUUUUCUAUGAGUUUUUUAUAUAAUGAAUAUUGUAAUAAUAUUAUUAGCCUCGAGUAUGUACUGUAUAUUCUAGCUGUAGUCAAACAUUGUGAAUAAGUAUUAAAAUGUCCUCAUGCUGA